UUGUAGGUAGUACAAGAACUGAAAAAUAAUUUUUGGUUGCCAGUAUACCUGUAGUCGUUGCACUGAUCAGUCGAUAGUUUUGUGAUAAAUUAUUUCUCAAGUGAAUUAAAUUAUUAACCAUGGGACGUGAUUCUAGAAAGGUUUCAAGAGAACUUCGGAGUUCUGAAAAAAUUAAUAAGUCGCGUUCAGUCAAAAGAAAGAAUGUUUUUAAUCCGAAAACAGCCGAACGUGAUGAAAGUAUUCAGAGUACAUCUUCUAAAAAAUUAAAACAAAACACUGAAGAUGAUGUACCUGAAGACAGCAGUACUGAAUUUCGAAUAAUAAAUUUUAUUCAGGUAUUCACUGCAAUUUCUGCUCUUAUAAAAUGUAAAAAAUGUGAUGGAAAUGUAGUGUUUCAAACAGCAAGUACACGUGGGCUGGGAUUCAAAAUUGUAGUUGCAUGUAAUAACUGUGGAAAUGAAUAUAUUCCUUCCUGUUCUUUCGUUGGGCAUUCUUAUGAAAUAAACAGACGUUUCAUUUUUGUAAUGAGAAUACUAGGAAUAGGAUACGAAGGAUUGUGCAAGUUUUGCGGCCUGAUGGACAUGCCGUCUUUUUUAGAUAAAUCUACGCAUACAAUUUUACUGAAACAGAUUUUGAAUUGUAGUAAAGCCGUCGCAGAAACCUUCAUGACGAAAGCUGUGAAUGAAGAAAAGCAAGCAAUGCCAACAACUGAAAAUGAAGAUAUAAAUCAUCUAACUGUAUCGGGAGAUGGAACCUGGCAAAAACGGGGAUAUACAUCGUCAUUUGGAGUUUCUUCUAUAAUUGGCUAUUUUACUGGAAAGAUUCUUGACAUAAACAUUAAAAGUGCAUAUUGUAAGCUAUGUGAGUAUUGGAAAAAAAAAACAAAUACUGUUGAGUUCGAGGAAUGGUAUCAAUCGCAUGAAGAUGUGUGUUCUGCUAAUCAUCAAGGGUCUUCUGGGAAAAUGGAGGUGGAUGCGAUGGUCGAAAUGUUUUCGUAUUCUGAAACUAAAUAUGGAGUUAAGUAUGCCAACUAUAUUGGUGAUGGUGACUCCAAGACCUAUUCAGGAAUUAUAAAAUCAGAUCCUUACGAAAAUACAACUGUAAAUAAAAAGGAAUGUAUAGGGCAUGUCCAAAAGCGGAUGGGGAGUCGAUUACGUACGCUGAAGAGUAAACAAAAAGGUCUUGGUGGUCGAGGUAAGCUCACAGGAAAAUUAAUAGACAAACUAACUGUGUACUAUGGUUUAGCAAUACGCCGGCAUUGUGAUUCUAUUGAAAAUAUGAAAUCUGCUAUAAUGGCAACCUUUUAUCACUACGGCUCGAGUGAUGAAAAACCGAAUCAUGAUAUGUGUCCAAAAGGCGAAGAAUCUUGGUGCUCUUACCAGCGCGCUGAAGCAAGAGGAGAGCUUGAUACCUUUUCUCACGAUUAUUCUCCUUUACCUUCUGAUGUUUUAAAAGCUAUCAAGCCUAUAUACGAAGAUCUUAGUAAUGAAAAUUUACUUUCAAGAUGUGUAGGUGGAUUCAAUCAGAAUAAUAAUGAAAGCUUUAACCAACUAGUAUGGAAAAUAUGCCCAAAAACGGUAAAUACUAGUUUUACCAUCGUACAAAUAGCUGCAUACGUUGCUAUGUGUAUAUUUAAUGAGGGUAUAAAUUCAUUAUUAGUCUUGAUGAAUACACUAGGACUUAAUUGUGGGCCUAAUUCUCAUCGGUAUGCAGAAAGAAUGGAUGCUGCACGUAUCAAAGUAGCAGAUAAGCGCGCUAAUGAUAACACCCGAGAAGGUCGAUUGCAACGUAGGCACCAGCAAAUCGAUAUUUUGGAAGCUGCUAUGUCGGCUGAAGAGCUAUUAUAUGGUCCAGGAAUAGAUGACUCAGUAUGAAUCUCCAAGGACUUAUGAUGAUCACCGCAAAGGACUUCGGGAGGAACGGGCUCUACAAAAACAGCGAUAACUUUUUGAAUUAUUAAUUUUUUUUUUUGAAAUUUUCGUGAAGUCAAAUCGAAACGUGUUCUAAUAAAGCUAUGUUUUUAUUUUUGUCAAAUAAAGUAAUUAACUACAAAAAAAAAAUUAUUGAAAAUCAUCAUUUUUUCAUACCCCUGAGU